GGCGGUUAAUUUUUUUCCUUGUUUAUUACAGGCCGGCUCGGCGACCCCCUCAAAUCAAACCCCCCCUCACGGCCACGGCUCCCCGAGGCCCUUUCAAUCCCCGCCCCCGCCACACACCGGCCUCCUCAGACGAGCCCGGCCAACGGGCGAAGCGAGGCGGGGCCCAACAACCACCCCGACGGCGGGGAGCGGGGCAGGCCUUUAUAAGCGGCGGGGCGGAGGCGGGCUGCCCGCGGUCUGCAGGGAGGACGCGGGAACAGAAGAGGCCUUGGGGAAAGAAGCAAUAAUGUCAGCACUAAACUGGAAGCCCUUUAUCUAUGGAGGCUUAGCAUCCAUCACUGCAGAAUGUGGUACUUUCCCAAUUGAUCUUACCAAAACACGUCUGCAGGUUCAAGGUCAAGUUAAUGAUGCCAAAUAUAAAGAGAUUCGUUACCGUGGAAUGGUGCAUGCACUAGUCAGAAUAUGCAGAGAAGAAGGAUUGAAAGCCUUAUACUCUGGGAUUGCACCUGCAAUGCUACGCCAAGCUUCAUAUGGAACUAUAAAAAUAGGCACUUACCAGAGCUUAAAAAGAAUGUUUGUCGAGCAUCCAGAAGAUGAAACCCUGAUGAUAAAUGUUCUCUGUGGCAUUCUGUCGGGAGUAAUUUCAUCAUCUAUUGCCAACCCUACAGAUGUCUUAAAGAUCAGAAUGCAAGCCCAAGGUAGUGUGAUUCAAGGAGGAAUGAUGGGCAACUUCAUACAGAUCUACCAAAAGGAAGGCACUAAAGGAUUAUGGAAGGCAAUAUCACUGACAGCACAGAGAGCUGCUAUUGUUGUUGGUGUGGAGCUGCCAGUGUAUGAUCUUACCAAGAAGCAUAUAAUUAUGUCUGGGUUUAUGGGAGACACAGUAUAUACUCACUUUCUCUCAAGUUUUACUUGUGGGUUAGCUGGAGCCCUUGCAUCCAACCCAAUUGAUGUUGUGAGAACACGCAUGAUGAAUCAGAGAGGCCAACAACAUGGGGGACACUCAAACUACAAGGGUACUUUGGAUUGCUUGUUACAAACAUGGAAGAAUGAAGGCUUUUUUGCUCUAUAUAAAGGGUUUUGGCCAAACUGGUUAAGACUUGGUCCUUGGAAUAUCAUUUUCUUUCUGACAUAUGAACAGCUGAAGAAAUUAGACUUAUGACAUGCUGAAUUGUGUACUGAACUCUGUUAACAUACUGUUUGAGUUUAGAGCAACUUGUAAGUUGUCUUGAGUAUUUGCUCUUUAUUGUCUGAGAUAUGCUGGCCAAAGGAAGAGGUCACUACAAGACUGUGAAUGAGAACAACCUGGAAGUGACUUCAUGGCAAACUGGCUCCUGUAACAAUGGCUCGCUUGUGUCAUUCAGUGGAUGAUGUGCAACGUUUUCUAGACUGAACCAAACACGGUGGAAUACCUCUGUCAACUUGUUAGGUGUUAUUAAGAUCUGUAAUGCAGCUUAAUGCUGUUCAUGCUCAGAUGCACAGUGUUUGAUAAGAGGCAAAGGACAAUCUUUCUGUAAAGGAAGACAGGUAGUACUGAGGAGAUGGGCUUUCCCUGUUUCCAGAAGUGUAUCCAAUUUGACUGCAAUGGUUUAUAGCUUCUCAUUAACUGGGAAGUGUCACAAGACAUCUUUGCAGGCUUUCAGUUCAGCAAAACAGCUGCUGCAAUACAAAAUCUGCUGGUUUUAGAGCUUUCCUGUGUUCUAAUUCCAUGGAUGUCUGUAUAAUCUGCUGGAAAUAAUCCAGCUUCAUUUGAAAGUGUGGUUGCUACAGUUGUCAGUUUUGCAUAGCCUCUUUUUUUUUUUAAUAUUUUUUUUUCCCCUCAAUGUAUCAUUCUUGAUUUCUUUUUCAGCAUAAAUGAUUCAAACAAGUCCAUGCUCCUCUGCCUGUCGUGCAGAGAAACUUUCCAUGCUUCCACUGUUGGAAAGAACUCCAACAGUGGUUACUGGCUGUUUUGUAUCAUCUGAAAGAUGCAAGUUUUACACUUUACAGUUCAAGGUGUGUCAUGUAGGUGCCUGUGUGAAAAGAACCAAAGCCCUCCAAAGGUAACCGCGUGCCUUGUUUAAAGAGAUACCCAAACCCAGAACUACUGAGCACUUUCAUGUAGCGAACAGGCACAAGUUGCUCUUACAUGCGAGUAAACAUUUUAUGUAGAAAUGAACCACAGUUUCCUUUAAAGCAUCACCCUUGGACUUAAAUGUGUAUCAAAACUUCAGGGCCAUUAACUAAACUGUUAUGUCAAGGUUCUUACAGAUGUUGCUGUUGAAUUCCCAGACAGGAAACAUGCGAGAUGCAGGUCACACAGGGGUCCUGCUGUGUCCAUAGACGGGCAAAGCUGGAUGCAGAGCUUUGGAUUUUUGUGGCAUUGUGUUAAUCUCUCAAAUGCUUUUCCUCAAUCAUACAUUCCACUUAAAGAAAUUUCAUUGCGAUUUCAAAAUUACUAUAAUCACUUAAUUACUAAUUUUGAAUUCACAAAUGGAUUUUUAAAUGCACAAGGCACUUUCUUUACCUAAGGCACAAUGUUUUUCUUUGUAUAUGGGUGCGCAUAUGUGCACUGUUUGUUUCUAUGCUUUAAUAGAAAUAUUUGUAAAGAUUUUUGUACUAUGUAAAAUAAGUAUGUUUUACACUUCUAAGCUUAUUAAAAGUUUUUAAAUCAA